AUGGACUUGGCAGCAGGCAGGGUUCCUGGCCGCCCGUGGCUACCGCUGCACACUGUAUCUGUAUUUCAGCUCCUUCGAGUGUUUUGGCUGCUGUCACUGCUCCCGGGGUCGGCCUUGGUCCUAGGGGCCGAGCAGCGCCAGGUGUUCCAAGUGCUGGAAGAGCAACCUCCUGGCACUCUGGUAGGCACCAUCCAGACGCGCCCCGGCUUCACCUACCGGCUCAGCGAAAGCCACGCCCUGUUUUCCAUAAACAGUAGCACCGGAGCCCUGUACACCACCGCCACCAUCGACCGCGAAAGCCUGCCCAGCGACGUGAUCAACCUGGUGGUCCUUUCCAGCGCGCCCACCUACCCUACCGAAGUGCGAGUGCUGGUGCGGGACCUCAACGACAACGCCCCCGUCUUCCCAGACCCCUCGAUUGUGGUCACUUUCAAGGAGGACAGUAGCAGCGGGCGCCAAGUCAUCUUGGACACCGCUACCGACUCGGACAUCGGCUCCAAUGGUGUGGACCACCGCUCGUACCGCAUCAUCCGGGGCAACGAGGCGGGCCGCUUUCGCCUGGACAUCACUCUAAACCCGAGUGGCGAGGGCGCAUUUCUGCAUCUGGUGUCCAAGGGCGGGCUGGACCGCGAGGUAACCCCGCAGUACCAGCUCUUGGUGGAAGUGGAGGACAAGGGCGAACCAAAGCGGCGGGGCUACCUUCAGGUAAAUGUGACUGUACAGGAUAUUAAUGACAACCCCCCGGUUUUUGGUAGUUCUCACUACCAGGCGGGGGUGCCUGAGGACGCGGUUGUGGGCUCCAGCGUCCUCCAGGUGGCGGCGGCGGACGCGGACGAGGGCACCAACGCGGACAUCCGUUAUCGGCUGCAGGACGAGGGAACCCCCUUCCAAAUGGAUCCGGAGACGGGGCUUAUCACGGUGCGGGAGCCCCUGGACUUUGAGGCCCGGCGGCAGUACUCGCUUACGGUGCAGGCGAUGGACGGAGGCGUGCCUUCGCUCACGGGGCGUGCCGAGGCGCUGAUUCAGCUAUUGGACGUGAACGACAACGACCCUGUAGUGAAGUUCCGCUACUUCCCUGCCACUUCGCGCUACGCCUCGGUAGAUGAGAAUGCGCAAGUGGGCACUGUGGUGGCUCUGCUCACCGUGACCGACGCAGAUUCCCCCGCGGCCAACGGGAACAUCUCCGUGCAGAUUCUUGGGGGCAAUGAGCAGCGCCACUUUGAGGUGCAGAGCAGCAAAGUGCCGAACCUGAGCCUAAUCAAAGUGGCCAGUGCCCUGGACCGGGAGCGCAUCCCUUCCUAUAACCUCACAGUUUCCGUGUCUGACAACUACGGGGCGCCCCCUGCCGCCGCGGUCCAGGCGCGCUCGUCUGUGGCAAGCCUGGUGAUUUUCGUCAAUGACAUCAAUGACCAUCCGCCUGUCUUUGCGCAGCAGGUGUACAGAGUGAACCUGAGCGAGGAGGCGCCUCCGGGAAGUUAUGUGAGUGGAGUAUCCGCCACAGAUGGCGACUCUGGUCUCAAUGCUAAUCUGCGUUACAGCAUCGUCUCUGGCAAUGGACUCGGAUGGUUCCAUAUCAGUGAACAUAGUGGUCUGGUGACCACUGGGGCUUCUGGGGGCCUGGACCGUGAGCUUGCUUCCCAGAUUGUACUGAAUAUCAGUGCUCGGGACCAGGGAGUCCACCCCAAGGUUUCCUAUGCCCAGCUUGUAGUAACUCUACUGGAUGUGAAUGACGAGAAGCCAGUAUUUAGCCAGCCAGAAGGGUAUGAUGUAUCUGUGGCUGAGAAUGCCCCAACGGGGACAGAACUACUGGUGCUCGGGGCAACUGAUGGGGACCUGGGUGACAAUGGGACAGUGCGCUUCUCCCUGCAAGAGUCUGAGACUGACCAGAGGUCCUUUCGUCUGGAUCCUGUGUCUGGAAAGUUAAGUACCAUCUCCUCCUUAGACAGGGAGGAGCAAGCCUUCUACUCCCUGCUGGUUCUGGCCACAGAUCUGGGCUCCCCUCCUCAGUCAUCAAUGGCUCGCAUAAAUGUGAGUCUUCUGGAUAUGAAUGACAACAGCCCCGUGUUCUACCCAGUCCAAUACUUUGCUCUCAUUCAGGAGAAUGAGCCUGGAGGUAGCUACAUCACCACAGUGUCUGCCACUGACCCAGACUUGGGUCCCAAUGGAACUGUCAAAUAUAGUAUAUCAGCUGGGGACAGGUCUCGGUUUCAGGUCAAUGCUCAGAGUGGGGUUAUUUCUACGAGAAUGGCCCUAGACAGAGAAGAAAAAACAGCUUACCAGUUGCAAAUAGUGGCUACUGAUGGUGGCAAUUUACAAUCUACCAACCAGGCAAUAGUAACCAUCACUGUACUGGACACUCAGGACAACCCACCUGUGUUCAGCCAGGCUGCCUACAGCUUCGUGGUUUUUGAGAACGUUGCUCUGGGCUAUCAUGUGGGUAGUGUGUCUGCAUCCACCAUGGAUCUCAAUUCCAACAUCAGUUAUCUUAUUACUACUGGGGAUCAGAAAGGUAUGUUCGCUAUCAAUCAGGUCACUGGGCAGCUUACCACAGCAAGUGUGAUUGACAGAGAAGAGCAAUCCUUUUAUCAGCUGAAAGUAGUGGCCAGUGGGGGCACAGUGACUGGAGAUACUAUAGUUAACAUAACAGUGAAGGACUUAAAUGACAAUUCUCCCCAUUUCCUUCAGGCAGUAGAGAGUCCUGAAGCAAAACCCCAAGAACCUAUUUGCUAUCAAUGA